UAAACCAACUACUAAAAGAAGGUCUUUAAAAAGCUUUAUUUUGUUGCAGCAUCAUUAUGACAGAUUAUCAACUACCAGUGGGAAUAUUUAAAAGAUUAAUUAUUUCUAACCUGCAUUUUCUCCACUUGGCCUGAAAUAAUGGAGCAAAAUAACACUGUUACUGAGUUCAUACUGCUAGGACUGACCCAAGACCCAACGAAAAAGAAGAUGGUAUUUGUAAUCUUCUUCAUAUUUUAUGUGGGAACUGUGGUAGGGAAUUUGCUCAUUAUUGUGACCAUCAAGUCCAGCCGCACACUUGGGAGCCCCAUGUACUUUUUCCUAUUUCAUUUGUCCCUUGCUGAUUCCUGCUUCUCAACUACAACAGCCCCCAGACUAAUUGUGGAUUCACUCUUUGCACAAAGAACCAUAUCUUACAAUGAGUGCAUGACUCAAGUCUUUGCAAUACAUUUCUUUGGCCCUGUAGAGGUCCUUGUUCUCAUCUUCAUGGCUAUUGAUCGCUAUGUGGCUAUUUGUAAGCCCUUACAUUACCCAACCAUCAUGAGACAGCAGGUUUGCACAAUCCUGGUAGUUCUUGCAUGGAUAGUGGCUUUUAUCCAUUCCACUACUGAGAUAAUGCUGGCCUUGAAAUUGCCUUUCUGUGGACCCAAUUUGAUUAAUCAUUACUGCUGUGAUUUGCAGCCCUUGCUGAAACUUGCAUGCAUGGACACGUAUAUGAUCAAUCUAGAAUGGGUGUCUAACAGUGGGAGCAUUUGCACAGGCAGUUUUGUGUUUCUGAUGAUUUCAUACAUUGUCAUCUUGCAUUCACUGAGAAAUCACAGUGCAGAAGGGAGGAGAAAAGCUCUCUCCACCUGCAUUUCUCACAUCAUCGUAGUAGUCUUAUUCUUUGGUCCAUGUAUAUUCAUAUAUGCACGUCCCCCAACCACUUUCCCCAUGGACAAGAUGAUGUCCGUAUUUUAUACUAUUGGGACCCCUUUUCUCAAUCCAUUCAUCUACACACUGAGGAAUGCAGAAGUUAAAAAUGCCAUGAGAAAGCUAUGUCAUAUCACAACUACCUCAGAAAGCAGGAGAUGAAUUGAGGGUUUUGGUUGAUUCUUUAAUCUGUCAGAUGUCAAAUAUAAUAGUGUAUAUCCUCACUUGUCCUAACAUACUCUAUUACAGUGCACCUGAUUUCCUUACAUUUUUCUAUACUUCUGCCCUCAAACUUGUAGCUUCCCUCAUAAUGCCAGCCAGGUUCUUACCUCUCCUGAGAAUUCAAUUCUGUCAUUGUUGAUUAUGAAAUACUCCUCACAUUUCAGUCUACACUCUGGUUUGAUAAGAAGAAAAAUAUUUAUACAAUCACAACUGUUCAAACAGUGAUUAUUCAUAAAUAUAAAAAGAGCAUAUUCUCUAAGAUUUGUAAUUCUCUCUGUAGAAAAUUUCAAACAAGAUAUCCUGCUUUCUCUUGAACACGUCAGAGCAAAGGAACU